UGAAGCGCUGGAAGGUGUGGCCUGGAUGCACCAUCUAUUGUGCGCUUUAAUGCCAAACAGUAAACUGUGCAGAACGCGUCUCUCCGCCUGGUUAGAGAAGAUCUUGUUUUUCUUUUUUUAAAACACGAGUUAAUUUACUGAUAAAACUUUACAGGUUCAUCAAAAGAUUUAUUUUUUAUUUCCACCUGUAGCUGGACUGAUCGUCGCCUUCAGCAGAUUAAGUAGAAACCUGAACAAAUCGCGUCUCGUAUAGAACUCCGAUUGAAGUUUAAAGGGAAAAAAUGACGAGCUAACCGAGAAAGGAUCGACUCUUGGUUUAGCAACAGCCAACAGUUUCUGCUUUGGCAUCACCCAACUCUCGCUGCGUGCGUAAACCGCUGUGGAGGAGGAUGCCCACAUUAUGAGACGCCAUGGCAUGGUGUGACCGUGGGGUUCAGACUUUGUUCGCCGUUGUGGGGGCUUUCGCCGCUUUCAGCCUUAUGACCAUCGCCAUCGGCACCGACUACUGGCUCUACUCUCGGGCGUACAUCUGCAACGCCACCAAUGUCACCACCGACGACACCCAGAUGCAAACCAAGAAAGUGAAAGGAGACCUAACCCACUCUGGGCUGUGGAGGAUAUGUUGUAUCGAAGGUAUCAACAAGGGAAGCUGCUUUCGGAUCAAUCACUUUCCAGAGGAUAAUGACUACGAUACAGACAGCUCAGAGUACAUCUUACGUAUAGUGCGUGCCUCAAGCCUGUUUCCAAUUCUCAGCACUGUCCUCCUGAUGUUUGGUGGCUUGUGUGUCGGGGUUGGACGUUUAUACAGCAGAAAAAACAACAUCCUGCUCACUGCAGGCAUCAUGUUUGUGGCUGCAGGCCUAAGCAACAUCAUUGGCAUAAUUGUUUACAUCUCCAGCAAUGCUGGGGAUCCCAGUGACAAGAAAGACGAGGACAAGAAGAACCAGUACAAUUAUGGUUGGUCCUUUUACUUUGGUGCCCUCUCCUUCAUCGUGGCUGAGUCAGUGGGCGUUCUGGCAGUCAACAUAUACAUUGAAAAAAACAAGGAGACACGCUUCCGUGGCAAACGAGACUUCAUCAAAACCACCUCAUCCUCCUCGCCAUACUCUCGCAUACCAAGUUACCGCUACAGACGGAGGCGUUCGCGCUCCAGUUCAAGAUCAACAGACCCAUCCCGUGAGCCUUCCCCUGUGGGAAUUAAGAUCAGCAGUGGACCUGGAGGGGGAGGGCUUGAGAUGGGUCUGCCAAUGGGGGACAUAUCCAUGUACGCUCUCAGGAGAGACCCUCUGAAGGCUCGAAGUGGACCUGCAGGGCCAUAUAGUCCUGAGAGGGACACUGGGUUUUUACAAGUGCACAACUGCUUCCAGAAAGAUGUGAAAAAUGGGGCAAACCGGAGGACAACUCCUGUAUAAGAUCUGGAGUGCAUUGCUGUGUUAAGCAGUGAGCUUUGUGGAGCACAUGAAAGGUGCAGAUGUCAAGAAACAACAGUUUGCCACAUGGUUGUUCAGGCAGUUGCACUGUUGAAAGGUCAUAGCUGUUUUUCUCAUAACGCCUCUAAGAUAGAGAUGGGACAAUUUCCAUUCCAAGAACAGAAGUAAGUUUACAAAAACUAUGUUUUAUUUCAGAAAUAUCACAUUUAAAUAGUGGUUGCAGAUAGAUGUAGCAUUGUUUCAUGAGAGUAAUUUUAAAAUAUUCUUAGUAUUGUUUGAAAAGACGACUUUUGCUUUCACGUGGGGCUUGAAGAAUGUUGUAUUUGUGCGGAUAUUCUUUGAAGGUUAUUAAUUCAUGGAAAAAGGAAGACCUUUUCAUAUUUCAUUCGCAUUUUGAUUUAGAUUCAAAGCAUUAAAAUAUUUUUUGCGAUUUUGUUGUGAAAUACUGUUUUGGAAAUUAACCCAUUUCACUGUUAGAAUUAAUAUUAUUUGUCUCCAAUAAUUGGUUUGGUGAUAUUAUGUGAUUUUUGUUAUCAAAUACAUAUUAUACUGAAGUUUAUAACUUAACACAGACGGUGCUAAUUUAUUUUCUUAGAUCUACGUUUUAAAUGCUUUCAUUGUAUCUCAUUAAUUUUUAUCAUGCUUGAACAUCAGUCAGUGAUCAACAUGUGCAUAAUACGUGUGUGGGAGUAUGUGUUUGUAUGUUUUGUGGCUCAAACACAAUAUAACUAAAUGAAACUAUGAUAUUGUGUAAAAAAUGUAAGUGAAAAAACUCACAGUAAUGACAUGUACAUUCCAAUACACUGUGCAGAUGAUCAGUGUAAACUGUGUAAACUAAAGACUGCCUGUGUAAUUUGCUCUCAAUGUGCUCAGGGAUGAUGUAUGGAACAAGUGAGUUCCUUAUGUAAGCCAGACAGACUGUUACAAUUGGUAUGUGUAAAAAGACAAAUUCAAGGUCAUGCUUUAGUGUUAACAAAUGAAAAGAUAUUUUGUUUUGUUUUUCAAAUGGGAUUGUGGAGAUUAUUUAUAGGUAACAAGUGUCUUACUUGCAGUAGAGAUUGGAGAAUAAAGUUGAGAUUCCCUUGUUGGAGUCAAGCUAGUGGCUAUUAAGAGCAGGAUCCAUUCAAGAGCAAAUCUCUGUUAUCUAAGAAAAAGCUCACAGCCAAAACAUUGUUUAGUUGUUAUAUCAUAUAAACUGGAUUGAGUGGAUCAAACAUAGAGCUCCGUAUUUGAAAAAUUACUUUUGUUAUGCUGAAACACUCGUUUCCGCAGAUCUCUUUGGCUUUCUGUCUAGAAAUGUAUCUUUAUCUUAAAGUUACUGGAAGUACACUGUGCUCCACCCCUCAACAUGAAAGGUCUGUGAUGCAUUUAGGCUUUGCCCCAAGCCUCCCCUAAAGUCUAAAAUGUUAUAAAUUCACUCUGUGAGUGUGAAGUAUUUAGCACUGUAAAGGCAUGAAAUAUUGACACCAUCCUAAGGGAAAAUUUGUUACUGCUUUCAUGAGGAUUAUAUAUAAACUGGCCUGUUAAAAUAAACACUGUGCGAGUUAAAUUGACACCUCAGAUUUUGCAGUGUAGUAUUGUUCCAAGUACUUGGAAAUCUUUGAGAUUUCUGUUAUAACUGCUCGUGGAAAUAUGUUAUCCUUGAUAUAAAUAGGCAUUAUCUAGAAUCCCCAAUGAGAAUUUGUUUGCCUGAUUCACCAAAGCGGGAUAACACUGACUGCUGCACAUUUACACAACAUCACUUAAUGAAAACUAUCCGUCCCUUUAACUGGAUUAUUUUCUACAGUCACUGCCUUUGUGAAAAGAGAGGUUUUGUAUGGUAGCAGUUUUUUUUCUUAUGUUGCAAUGAGUUGCACAGGUUGACAGAUGUUCACUGUAUGGAUUUUAAAGAGCUAGAGCAAAUGAACCAUCAAUAAAUUUUUUUUGGGUCAUUAUGGA